ACAUGAAUCACAUGGCGAGAUGCACAAUCCCUUGACCGCCUCUAUAUAUAUUUUCCCUUUGAAGAAAUGUAAUAGUUGUUUUGCCCAUGAAUCAUAUGGCGAUCGAGAUGCACAAUCCCUUUGACAGCCUCUAUAAAUUGUGGCUUCACAUUUAACCCAAGCUCACAACACCUCCCUACAUACCUUCUUUUCCACCACAGGCCACAACCCCUUCAAAUCAAAAGCCAUAAUGGCGUUACCCGAAAAUGUUCUGACUUUCAAAGUGACUCGAAAAAAGCCGGAGCUUCUCCGGCCAGCAAAGCCCACACCCCACGAAUUCAAAUCUCUCUCAGACAUAGACGAUCAAGAGAGUCUCCGUGUCCAGAUUCCUGUCAUGCAAUUCUAUCGCAAAAGCCCAUCAAUGGAAGGAAAAGACCCAGUUAGGAUUAUUCGGACAGCUGUCUCAAGGGCAUUGGUUUACUAUUACCCAUUGGCCGGGCGGCUGAGAGAAGUCACCGGCAGGAAACUGGUGGUGGAGUGCACUGGCGAGGGAGUUUUGUUCAUUGAGGCUGAUGCUGACGUGUCACUAGCGGAGUUUGUAGUCAGCCCUCAGCCGCCGUUCCAUUGCUUUGAAGAGCUGCUUUACGAUGUCCCAGGCUCCAGCGGCGUCACGGGUUGUCCGUUGAUGCUAAUUCAGUUUAUGUCUGCCAUCGGCGAGCACGCCAUCGGGGCCCAGAGCCCCUCCAUCCUCCCAGUUUGGGAACGACAACUUCUCACCGCACGGGACCCACCUCGAGUCACCCGUGCGCACCUCGAGUACGACACCUUGCCCGACGGAGAUUCCAUCCCACUCGACAACCUCGUGCAGCGCUCAUUCUUCUUCGGUCCUGCCGAGAUCUCAGCCCUCCGCUCCCUUCUCCAGCCCAACCUCAACCUCCGCUGCACCACAUUCGAACUCGUCACCGCCUGCCUUUGGCGGUGCCGCACGGCGGCCUUGGCCACCGACCGCGGCCAGGUGUUCCGCCUCGACUGCAUUGUGAACUGUCGGAAGAGGUUAGACCCACCGCUGCCCGACGGCUACUAUGGCAACGCCUUGGUCUGGCCGGCAGCAGUCUCUGCUGCCGGAGAUCUAUCCGACAACCCACUGGAGUAUGCGGUGGGGCUUGUGAGAAGGGCCAAAUCGGAGGCGACCGAGGAGUACGUGAGGUCAGUGGCGGAUCGAAUGGUCAAGAGUGGCCGACCUAUUUUCUCAAUGGUGAGGACUCUUAUAGUUUCCGAUUUGACUGGCUUGGGCUUUGAGAAAGUGGAUUACGGGUGGGGCCACCCAAUAUACGGCGGUAAUCCGGUACCCGGAAUUAUGGGGUUUCCCGGAGUGUGUUUUUACAGCUGGUGGAAGAAUAGUGAGGGAGAAAAGGGGGUAUUGGUCCCCGUGUAUUUACCCGCGAGUGCCAUGGAAGUAUUUGCCAAGGAGCUUAAGGUGAUGAUCAUGAAAGGGAAUGAUUUGGAGGGAGCUGGUCAGGACACAAAGGUUUACAUCAAGUCCGAUUAUCAAGAGGGCCUCCGUUUCCAUGCACCUAUCAUACAGUUUUAUCGCAAAAGCCCGUCUAUGGAAGGUAAAGACCCUGUUAGUGUUGGGGUUAUUCGAGCAGCUGUCUCAAGGGCGUUGGUUUACUAUUACCCAUUGGCCGGGCGGCUGAGAGAAGUCACCGGCAGGAAACUGGUGGUGGAGUGCACCGGCGAGGGAGUUUUGUUCAUUGAGGCUGAUGCUGACGUGUCGCUUGCGGAGUUUGGAGUCAGCCCUCAGCCGCCGUUCGAUUGCUUUGAAGAGCUGCUUUACGAUGUCCCAGGCUCUGGCGGAGUCACCGGUUGUCCGUUGAUGCUAAUUCAGGCUUGUACUCGUAAUUCGCCUCUGUUUUCGGUUUUUGGGGUCACUCGCCUCAAAUGCGGAGGGUUCAUCUUCGCCCUCCGCUUCAACCACACCAUGGUUGAUGCCACGUGUCUCGUCCAGUUUAUGUCGGCCAUCAGCGAGCUAGCUCUAGGGGCCCAGAGCCCUUCCAUCCUCCCAGUUUGGGAGCGACACCUCCUUAGUGCGCGGGACCCACCUCGUGUCACCCGCGUGCACCUCGAGUACGAUCCCUUGCCAGACGAAGAUACCAUUCCGCUCCACAACCUCGUGCAACGCUCCUUCUUCUUCGGUUCAGUCGAGAUCUCCGCCCUCCGCCGUCGCCUCAGCUGUCGCUGCACCACAUUCGAUCUCAUGUUCGACCCACCGCUCCCCGACGGCUACUAUGGCAAUGCCUUGGUCUGGCCGGCGGCAGUCUCUGCUGCCGGAGAUCUAUCUGACAACCCACUAGAAUAUGCGGUGGAGCUCGUGAGGAGGGCAAAAUCGGAGGCGACCGAGGAAAAGUGGAUUACGGGUAGGGCCAUGCCAUUUAUGGUGGUAAUCCGAUAUCGGGAAUCACCGAAUUUCUCAGAUUGUGCUUUUACACCCCGUGGAAGAAUAGUGAGGGGAAAAGGGAAUAUUGAUUCCGAUAAUGCCAUGGAAGUAUUUGUCAAGGAGCUUAAGGUGAUGGUGAAAGGGAAUGAUGAUGAUUUGGAGGGGGGUGUGACCCGGCAAGACCCGGAGUUUAUCCCACCAGCAGAGCCCACACCCCACGACUUCAAAUCCCUUUCGGACAUCGACGAUCAACCGGGCCUCCGUUUCCAUGUACCUAUCAUACAAUUCUACCGAAAAAACCCAUCCAUGGAAGGAAAAGACCCGGUUGGGAUUAUUCGGACAGCUGUCUCAAGGGCGUUGGUUUACUAUUACCCAUUGGCCGGGCGGCUGAGGGAAAUCUCGGACAGGAAGAAGCUGGUGGUGGAGUGCACGGGCGAGGGAAUUUUGUUUGUCGAGGCUGAUGCUGACGUGGCACUGCGGGAGUUUGGAGACUGCCCUCACCCGCCGUUCCCUUGCUUCGAGGAGCUGCUUUAUGAUGUCACUCGCCUAAAAUGUGGUGGGUUUAUCAUCGGAUGGCGCGUCAACCAUGUCAUGGGUGAUGGCGCGGGUCUCGUCCAGCUUAUGUCUGCCGUGGGUGAGAUUUCCCGUGGGGCCCACGCACCGUCCAUCUUACCAGUCUGGGAACGACACCUCCUCGAUGCGUGGGGCCCACUGAAGUCUCGCGAAUAUGACCCAGAUGCCGAGGGGGAUCCCAUCCCCCUCGACAACAACCCCGUGCAACGCUGCUUCUUCUUCGGGUCAGCCGAGAUCUCCGCCCUCCGCCGCCAACUCCCAAGCCACUACUCCACAUUCGACGUCGUCACGGGCUGCCUCUGGCGAUGCCGCACGGCGGCCAUCUCAACCGGGCCCCACCAAGUGUUUCGGGUCAACUGCAUUGUUGACUGCCGGAAGAGGUUCGACCCGCCUCUCCCCGGUGGCUACUACGGCAACGUCGUGGUGGGCCCGCCAGCAGUAUCGGCCGCUGGGGAAUUAUGCGGUUCGUCGCUGGAAUACGCGGUGGAGCUCGUGAGGAGGGCCAAAUUGGAGGCGACUGAGGAGUACGUGAGGGUGAUUGCGACAAGGGGCCGAGUUGAUGAUUUCCCGAGGGUAAUUAGGAAUUUUGUCGUUUCCGAUUUGACUAGCAUGGGCAUCGAGAAAGUGGAUUAUGGAUGGGGCGAGCCCGUGUACGGCGGUAAUCCGGUACCCAUGACCGUGUUCGCUUCUGCAGUGAGUUCUUACACCGUGUCGCGUAAUAGUAAGGGUGAAAGCGGAAUAUUGGUUCCCAUGUCUUUACCGGCUAAUGCCAUGGAAGUAUUUGCUAAGGAGGUCCGGGUGAUGGUGAAAGGGGAUAAUCAAUUACCAACAACCAUACGCACGGAGAGGGCUCCUACUCAAGAUAACAUGCUUUAUAUUAAGUCCGGAUUGUGA